CAGAGUUCAGAGAUAAAGCGUGAUCCGAGACACACACAGCUCAUUUGUCCUGCACAACAUGGAUGGUACACUAAAGGUCUUGCUGCUAGCCGCCCUGAUUCUGCUGGUUUCUGUCCAGGCGUCUAAGUACGAAAGCUUGCCUGAUGGAAUACGAAAACACGUUGACAAAGCUCUGAAUAAUGUGCGAAAUACGUAUGAAGGUCAUCAUGUUGCUUAUGAAUCACUUAUAGGUACUCCAAGGCCUAUGGAGAAAAGCUUGCAUAUAAAUGUCCUUUUCACGGUCAAAAAAUGUGAGAGUAAUCCUCACAACAUGGAUGAAUGUGUUCCACAAAGUAAAACAUUGUACCGGAUUGACUGCCUUCUGUGUAAGACAAAAGACAAUGAAGAGCUGCUGGAUUGUGCCAAAUGGUUGGAGGUCAAAAAUAAUAAGCGUGAUGCCCAUCGAGGUAAAUGUAGCGGAUUUUUGCCCGGAAGUCACAUACUUGCCCAGAAAACUGAGGACUCUCAGAAGAUGGGUGGAUGUCCCGGGUGUAUGUGAAGCUGCACAAAUAACAACGGCCAAAUUCUACCAAUAUAUAAGUGAAAUUUAAGCAAAAUUUGAGUUCAGUGCUUUAAUAGUUCAUAAAGUUAGAGGAAAAUGAUGAUGGACCUACUCUAAAAAUGUUGGGUGGCCAAAUAAAAUGUGGAUCUGUAAACACUA